GCUCCCAGCCCCGGGGGAGCUGGAGCGGGCACAGGCAGCACGGAUCAGCAACGGGUGGCUACCAGCCCCACCAGCAUGGCCACCAGGCCCACGGGAGACAGGCGUGUCCCGGGAGUGCCCAACUCCUGAGAUCCCAGCCCAGGAGAGCAGAUCUGGCUCUUGGAGAGCAUGGAUGCUUCAGUGAGGACGUUCCCACUCGCCCUCUGGACACCGACGACAGCUCCCUGGCCAGGAGGGAACACCACGGUGGAGCUGGAGGAGAAGUGUGUCUUCCAGGAGGAGUUCAAGUUCAUCCUGCUGCCCGUCUCCUACAGCCUCGUCUUCGUGGUGGGGCUGCCCCUCAACUCCUGGGCCAUGUGGAUGUUCAUCCGCAGGAUGAGGCCCUGGAACGCCACCACCACCUACAUGUUCAACCUGGCUGUCUCUGAUACCCUCUACCUCCUCUCCCUCCCCACCUUGGUUUAUUAUUACGCAGACCGCAACAACUGGCCCUUUGGGAAAGGGCUCUGCAAGAUCGUGCGUUUCCUCUUCUACGCCAACCUCUACAGCAGCAUCCUGCUCCUCACCUGCAUCAGCGUCCAUCGCUACCUGGGCAUCUGCCACCCCAUCCGCUCCCUCAAGUGGCUGAAGACCAAGCACGCCCGUGUCACCUGCCUGGGUGCCUGGCUCGUCGUCACCAUCUGCCUCAUCCCCAACCUCAUCUUUGUCACCACCAGCUCCAAGGACAACAGCACCCUGUGCCACGACACCACCAAGCCCGAGGAGUUCGACCACUACGUGCACUACAGCUCCUCCGUCAUGGCCCUGCUCUUCGGGAUCCCCUUCCUGGUCAUCGUCCUGUGCUACUGCCUGAUGGCCAAGAGGCUCUGCAAGUCCAGCUUCUCCAGCCCCAUCCCCAGGAUGCCCUCCUACAAGAAACGCUCCAUCAAGAUGAUCAUCAUCGUGCUCGCUGUCUUUGCCAUCUGCUUUGUGCCCUUCCACGUCACCCGCACCCUCUACUACACCUCCCGCUACUUCCAGGCCGACUGCAGGACCCUCAACAUCAUCAACUUCAGCUACAAGAUCACUCGGCCCCUGGCCAGCAUCAACAGCUGCCUCGACCCCAUUUUGUACUUCAUGGCUGGGGACAAGUACCGGGGACGGUUCCGGCGGGGCCCAGCCCACCGGUUCCAUCCCACUCCCACAUCUGACCUGGCCCUGGUGUCCCCCUCCAUGGACAACAUCACCGGGGACCCCCGGGGGACAGGGAUGGCACGGAGCAGAGGCGGGUGCUGAGGGACCAACAGGGGGGUGACAGCAACCUCAGGAGAGCAACCCCUGCCCUGACACCCCCGGGCCCCCAAAACCUGUCCCUGCCCCAGCAGGGCUGAGGAUGGGUGGCCAUGGGACCUGUCCCCACCCUGCCCUGGGGUGCUAUGGGAGGGGGGUGACAGCCGUGCUGGGACAGGACAGCCACCUGCCCACGGGGAUGGGAAGGACCCUGAGAAAGCCAUUUUGGGAGAGCAGGCUGGCCCCUGGCACACGUCCCAUGUUGGGGUGCUCCUGGGGACACAUGGAGGCUGGCAGGUCACUAAAGAGAAGGGACACUGGUCUUUCCCUGAGCACACACAGCCCUUCCAGUCUGCUCGGCCAUGUGUGGGGACUGGACUGAACAUGGGGACGGGGCCAGCACCGGGUCCCCCAUGGAGGGCCUCAGGGAUGUCCCUGUGACGCUGCUGGAGGGACGUGGCAUGGGACAGUC